CUCCCACUCGGCCCCCGCAGCCCGCUGCCGCGACUCGGGCUUCGUGCUGCGGAGGAUGGGUGAGGGAAGCCUGACCAAGUGAGACGAGGAAGAGGCAUUUGUCAGCGGCGCUCCGUUUCUGAGCCCCGCCGCCCUUUCUGUGCUGUUCGCUAUGGCACUUCUCUGGCCCGAGUUCCGAAGCAAGUUAGCACCCCUUGGCCUGGCGUGCCUGAGUAUCCGUAUACUGUGGUAGAAACCAGCCUUGUGAGUCGUUCACCACUCACGAUGGGGGGCAGGUCAUCAGCUAACUUUACCUAUCAAGUGGAAGACCGAGAAACAAGCCCCGGCAUGGGCCGCGCAAGUGCCCACGCACAAACGCAAGGGGCCGCAAAUGGGCCAGAGUUUCAAUAGCAUUAUACGAGGGCUGCAGAGUGAGAUCGGUACGUGAGCAUGACGGUUGCUGUGUUGAGUUCCCCAGUACUACAACACUCCAACCCGCACCGACGCAUUAGUCAAGCAGACCCGCCCGUCGAACUGGACAGAAACGCCCGAUCACCAGCUACCUGCACCAGGUCAGGGGCUUUGGAUCAGCUCCAAACGCUUCAUGCUUCCACCGCUCUUUCGCAGGACUGCGUUCUGCUGUUAAGCGGAUGGCUUGCUGAGGAUAUAUAAAGCUUCUGGCCCCUCACAAAUCUAGUGACAUUCUUGCAAGUCUUGAAGCACCACAAACGCAGCCCUUUACCAAUCGUCACCAUUAACAUUCAUCCACCAACAACCGCAAACAUGGCCUACACUCUGUACGACGCCUCCGUUCCCCUCCUCCUUGCGGGUCUCAACUCGCUCCUUAACAUCAUCACCAAGGCCGAGGAGUACGCCAAGGAAAAGUCCAUUGACGCCAAGGAGAUUCUCGACUGGAAGCUGGCGGAUGACAUGCUGCCCUUCAGCUUUCAGUUCUUCGUCGCGGCCGACUGCGCCAUCAAGAUCGUCGCCCGCGUUCAGGGCACCGAGCCGGAGGCCCUGGGCAGGGAGUUUGCCAGCCUCGACGACCUGCGCCAGCGUGUCGAGCACACCAUCACCAUCGUCAAGGCCGCCGACCCCAAGACAUUCGAGGCUCGCACCGAUGCCCUCGUACCCCUUGGACUCGGCUUCGGCAAGGGCGAGGUACAGAUCAAGGCCCGCGACUACCUCGUCGCCUACGGAAUGCCCAACUUCUUCUUCCACAUUUCCACGGCCUACGGCAUCCUCCGGACCAAGGGCGUUCAGAUCGGCAAGGGUGACUACCUCACUCCCUUUGCGGCUCCUAUCACGCAGCAACAGUAAGGCGCAAUGGCGCUCCACUCGAUGAGUUUGAAGGGCUGGAUGUCAGGAGGAUCCGGCAUUGAUGAGGUGAGAGAAACACGAUGAAUUGCCAGUAGAUGGUAUCCAAGUUACUCUAGAAUCGGGCUGGCAAUGGGCAUGUCAUGGGUAAACAAAAAGUUGAUGAAUUAAACGAGCUUUAUGACCA